UGUUAUUUAACGAAAAGUGGGGAUUUUCCCAAAAUGAGAAUAGUGAUUUCGUAAAUCUUCUUAUUUCGAUUUUCGUACUUUUCAGAAAAUUUCGUCAGGAAGAAAAAGUUAACUAAAUACAGUCCUGAAGAAAACGCUCGUUACAUGAAGAAAACAAUAUCGGAAUAUUAAAGAAAUCUAAUUGGAAAUAGACAGUAGUCCUAGGGUUCCGGCAGUCCUAGGAUAAUGAAUGGAGGAAUGGAGCUGGACUUUGAAGAAAAUGGCCAACCAUACCUGGAGAUAGUUGAGCAGCCUCAACAGCGUGGUUUCCGGUUCCGUUAUGAAUGUGAAGGUCCAAGCCAUGGAGGAUUGCAAGGAGCCAGCAGUGAGCGGUACAGGAAAACUGUGCCUACUGUCAGGAUCAAGAACUACACAGGAGCAGCCAAGAUGACAGUUAGCCUGGUAACAGAUGAGCCCUCUCCGAAACCCCAUGCCCACAAGCUGGUGGGCAAGAACUGUACGAGCGGAGCCUGCACUGUGGAGGUGAAACCAGGAACGGCACAAAUAGCUUUCCCAAACCUGUGUAUCCAGCAUGUGACCCGGCGGAAAGCAGGGGAUGUCCUGGAGGAGAGGAUCAUGGCUGCCAUGAUUCUUGCUAAGCAGAUGGAGGACGGCGAUUUCUCAUCCACCCCACAACUCUCAGGUGAGGAGCGUGAUCAGGCUCGAGCUGAAGCUCAGAACUCGGCAAAGACAAUGCAGUUGAACGUCGUGCGGCUGUGUUUCCAGGCGUUUCUGCAGGAUGGCCGUGGUGGACUUACCGCCCUUCCCUCAGUUACAUCAGACCCAAUCUAUGAUAGCAAGGCUCCGGGAGCAAAUGCCCUGAAGAUUUGCCGGAUGGACAAGUAUAGUGGCUGCUGUACUGGCAACGAUGAGGUCUUCCUCCUCUGUGAAAAAGUACAAAAAGAUGACAUAAUGGUGCGUUUCGUUGAGCAAGAUGUGGGUGGUGGAAAUGUUCUGUGGGAGGCGUACGGCCAUUUUAGCCCCCUUGACGUCCACAGACAGUUCGCAAUUGUGUUCAAGACUCCUGAAUACCGGGAUUUAAACAUCACCAAGGCUGUGAAUGUCCUUGUUCAGCUACAGAGGAAAUCGGACGGAGAAACUAGUGAUCCUAAAUCUUUCACUUACUACCCUCGGUCUUAUGAUCCAGAGUUUAUAGACCGUAAGCGCCAAAAGAUUUUACCCAGAUACCCUGGCAGCCCUGGUCGUCGCAGCCCUUAUGAUUACAACCCUCCGUCAGCUGGCGGAGGCAGCGACAGCAACAGCAGCAAUAGCAAUGGUGUCAACGGCGUUCAGAAUGGGGGAUCUAUACCCAACUUCAAUGAUUUGAAGUUUAAAACAGCAGAGUUCAAAAACUUUAAUAUACCUACUGAUCGGCGAUUUGCUCGAGCCCAACGCAGUCUUGCCCAGUAUACACAGCAGUCAAACGUUGCAAUGUUCACAAGUCAGACCCCAGACAUCCUUACAAACUCCACAGAGUUUGUGUACGAGGAGGUAUCCAAUAUGAGCCCACCCAGCCAGCAAGUGGGGCCAACCACACCCCCUCUUCUAUACAGCAUGGGACCCCAGACAUCUGCCCCAGGAUCAGUGUUUUCAGCAGCUACGCCUUCCCCAUACAACCAAAUGAUGUCUGGCUCCCCCCAGUCAAUUAUGAGUGGGGGUCUCUCCCCCCAACACACAGUGAUGCAGGCUUCACCACAGAGUAUGCAGGCAAUGUCCCCACAGGGAAACCUUGGCUCACCUCUUGGCAUGGGUGACACUUCACAAGGUGGAAUCCAGUUUGGUGGUCAGAUGUUGCAAGCCACUUCAGAAUCAAUUUUACAGGCAUCACAAUUUCAAUCUGGUAUGCAUAUGACAGCAGUGACAAGCAUGCAUGGUCAGCCCCAAAACCAACCCUUACAGGUGCCCUCUGACAUUGAGACUGACUUGUUAGCUGAUCCAGAUAUGUUAUACCAGUUGCAGCAGCAGGCACAAGGCUACAGUGGGAGCCAGUCAGCCAAGCAAAUGCAGUAUGAGCUCCAACAGCAGUAUGGGACUUGUGCCUUCCAGGCCCGGGGAACACAGUAUCCUGCUGACACAGACCUCCAGGAUGUCAUGUCAAUCAUUGAAGGCUUUGAUGAAGUGGACGCUGCUCUUGUCAAGCAGCCAGGAGCAUAUGUUAGAGCUGAGGAAGUGAAAAGGUGCCAGAUUAAUUCAAAGGAGGAAAUGCUUGUUGGACGAGGGUCUAGGCCAGGAAUUGUUGUGAAUCCUGCAAAAAAAGCGGAACCAAUGAUUGGCAACACGGCUAAAGUGUCUCCUGUAGCUAAGGAAGUUCUGGUAUCCAAGCCCAAGGAAACCAUUGUAACCAAGGUGACAGAGACUGAAUCUAAGCCCGAGGUCAAGAUAUCUGCAGAAAGUAGGCCUGCUGUGAAGGAAAUUAAAACAUGUGAAGUGCAAACUGACAUGGACCCAAUGCUUAAGUUAGCCAUGAAGACAUCAGAAGCGCUGCAGUACUACGCCGGCUCUGGCGACAUCCGUUCCCUUCUCAUGGUCCAGCGCUUUCUCAUGGCGGUCCAGGACCAGGAUGGCGACCUUCCGCUGCACACAGCCCUCAUCAACGGCAAGUAUGAGGUGUUCCAGAACAUUCUUGAUGUCAUGGUUACCCUUCCUGAUGCCUAUACCCGUAUCAAUGCCUACAACUUCCACCAUCAGACUCCCUUGCACCUGGCAGUGAUAACUGACCAGCCGGCCGCAGUGGACUUGCUGAUCCGUGCGGGUGCAGACCCAACCCUUAUUGACCGGUCUGGCUACACCCCCGCCCACCUGGCUGUCCUGUACACGCGUACCGACUGCCUCAAGAAUCUCCUCAAGUACCUGCGACGGGGCGUCACCAAGGAAGUGCCCUUCCCCGAACUCAACAUCAGAUGCUUCAAUGGCUACACGCCGGCCCACCUGGCAGCACAGUCCGAGAACCUGGAAGCCAUGAAACUACUGGUGUACGGACGGGCGGACAUCGACCUGCCUGAUGGCAAGAGUGGACAAACACCGCUUCAUCAUGCUGUAGAAAAUGACGAGCUCUCCCUGGCAGCAUACCUUAUUCUGCAGGCUGGUGCAAAGGUGAACACGAAGCGUUUCGAUGGCAACACAGCCCUUCACAUUGCCUGUGGGCGUGGCAAUGUUGGAAUGGUGGCUCUCCUCAUGGCAGGAGGAGCAGAUCCAGACAUUGAGAAUGAUGAAGUCAUAGAGGUAGUGGAGGGAGUGGAGAUGAGGGGUGGGGACAGUGUAGACAGUAGACGGGAAAAGAGGCAGAGAAAAAAGACCAAAGAGGCGAGACGAAUCAGUGAAGAAAAGGAUGAGGACACUGCAGCUGGAGAUGCUACUGUCAGUGUGACAGAGGAACAACAGAAGGUUCCUGAAGAAGGCUUAGAUGAGGUGGACGCUAUCCGGGUGCCAGUUGAUCCUGCAGAGGAAAGGCCACAGGAAGUGGUAGUGUCAGAGGAGUCUGGAGAGAGCUCUGGGGAUGAUUAUGCCACAAUGAGGGGACUCGUGCCUGCAGACUUUGCAGACAACAAUGAAAAGAUCCUGCGCGUUCUGAAUGGUGAGCCAUAUUCAAGUUUGGAGUCGGAUGAGGAUGGGGAAGGGUUGUUGUCGGGGACGACUGACCGACUGGCAUCACUCAGCCUCUCCUCCAGGCACAGCAGUGGCAUUGGAUCCCUCCACUCUGGAGGAGACCUGUACAGACUUAAUUACCCUGAUCGUGUGCACCUGUCACAGAUACUGGACAUCAAUCAGGGCUGGGUCCCCCUAGCUGAGAGACUGGGGCUCACCCGCCUCUUCCAUGGGCAGAUAGGGAGUAGCAGCCCCACUAGACUCCUCUUUGACUCGUAUGAGGCCGGUGGAGGCACAAUAGCUCGACUGGUUCAGGCAUUGCAGGAAAUCAAGCGACCAGACUGUGUCAACAUUCUGAAGAAGGCAGUCACAGUUCAACCUGAACAAGCGCCUGAGAAGAUAGCCGGUAAAGACCCAGUGUAUGAUUCAGGGGUAGAGGAGAGUCUGAGCAAAGCAUCCUCACCUGAACAUAGAGGACAGAUUGCGUGAUAGUGAUCAACAGGAACAUAGAGUACUGAUUGUGUGAUAGUGAUCAACCAGAACAUGAGUACAGACUGCAUCAUAGUGAUCAUUCAAUUUGUAUAAUUACACUGUGACUUAAAUGGUGGCCUCCAACAAAUUAGUGAGCACUUUGAUACAGUUGUAAAAUGUGCACUUCAGUGGGCCUCGGACAUUCACUGUGAGCCUUUAUUACAUGGUGUGUAGAAAUGCUUAUAAUAGUCUGAUCUGUGUUCAGCUAUUAGUACUGAUUAAGUGAUGCUUAGACUUGGGAAAGCUCAACAUGAUGCUUAGACCUAGGAGAACUCCACAUGUUUGAGACGGACUGACUGAUGUGAACAAUAUUGAUACAUGUUGCAUUUUGCAGGUCUGUUUGCAUUUGUUACGGUAAAGUAUUUGUACACAGAGAGGACUAUUCAAUGAUCUUUCCUGACUUCUGGCAAGUUCUUCAAUAUUUCAUAGAGCUGAAGUGUUGUUUUUUGUGUCAUGUAUUUGUCAUUCAAAUUUAAUUGUAAUCUUUUGAUAUUAUUUGUUUUUGGAACUUUUAUAAGAUGAGGCAUUUGACCUCUAAAACUCCCAAGGUCAAGGCAGAAAUUGUGUUGUUGUUGUUGUUGUACAGACAAAUUAUAUUACUUUUACCAACACAUAAUUCACCAUUGAUGUGGCUUAAAAAUGGGCCAAAUAGAUUGGAUUGAAACUUCAUGAUUGAUGUCCAGGUCAUUAUGAAAAUAUCAGCCUCCAAGUUGCUGACGUAGACAAUGAUCGGGGUAAUGAUGGCAUCUAGAGAUUUUUUUGUGAUGAGAUUUAAAUUUCAUUGACACAUGAGUAUGAGGCUUUGUUUAAUGGUUCAAAAUACAUUUAUGCCAAGAUAGACAAAGGUGAGGAAGGACCCUUCACUUACCUCUGAUCCAAAGUAAAUCUAGAUAUACUGUUUGUUAUGUUGUGUUUUUAAUUAAUGUAUUAUAGUUUUUUCUUAUUUUGUACAUGCAAAUUUCUAUUUUUGAUUACAUUUUUAGAGUUGAAUGUUUAUCUUUAUAUAUUUAUGUUCUUUUGUUAAUGAAUGAAGUUGUAGCAGUAAACAGUUUCUUUGCAGAUUUGUAAAUCUCGCUAAUAUUGUUUUAAUCUGAAUAAACUUACUUUUAGGCAGCUGAAAAUCAAAAUGACUGUUUUCCUUUUGAUUCAAGAAGUUGUUACGAUAAUUGAAUUUAAUGGGAUUGAAGAUCAAAUAGGAAAAUUACUCUCAUGAAAUAUUGACUCGUGAAUAUUAUAUAAAAUAAUAGUUUCUGGUACUUAAAACAAGAAUGAAGCAUUUCAUUUUUACUAUAUGUUUCAUGAAGCAUCUUUUCUGUUGUAUCCUUCAUGACUUAUGUCAUUUUGAAUGAAACAUUAUCUAAGGGUUAUGAUCUCAUUAUUUGUAAAAUCAGGCAUUCUUGCAAGUUAUAUGUCAUAACUAAAAUAUCUAGAGAGCUAUGCGAAACAGUACUUGUAUGGUAACAUGUAUGUGUGGUCUUCCUUUUUUAACACUCUGUCAUCCAGGAUGGGUACACAUAAUAGCAGGAGGGACGGGAUUUAUGCUGGUAUCAGGCUCAGUCCAAUUUUGAUUUUUUUUUAAAUAAACCCAGCUACAAUGUAGACGUUAUGUGUAUAUAAAUGCACAUACAUAUUUUGUUUGUUAAACUCACUUAUAAUUACCAAAGGUUACUAUGGUUUUAAGUUGACUUCCAUUGCUUUACUUGCAUCCUUGUAUUGUAUUGAUAGAUGGCUAGACUCAUACAGGUAUGUUGAUGAUAACCAGAAGUUGCCAAUUGUCCAGUGUCCGCUCAUGUUAAAGAUUGUGUCCGCCCAUGUUAAAGAUUGGUCAUUUUCGAGGACAGUUCACAUAUAUAUAUGUAGUGCCUGGUUUGUGUUGUUGAUUACUGUACUCUUUGCACUAACAUUGCUUACAAUAAAUGUUAAAUAAGAA